AUGCCUGAAGAGAAAAAUACCUCGGGAAUAUAUACUUCACGCGCAGUGGAUCUACCAACUACUCAGCAACUGAGGGAGAUAUCUGCAGAUCUCGGAUUCAACCUCACUGAUGACCAACUCGAGCAGCAUAAAGAAAACAUGAAAGGUAUCGAACAGCAAUAUCAGAUGCUAGAGGAACUGGUUGAACCCACACUAGAAGUUAAGUUCCCACGGACACCUGGUCAGAAACCAAAGCCUGAGGAGAAUCCGUACAAUGCAUGGGCCCGGUGCUUAGAUAUUAAAGGAUCCGAAGAUGGCAAGUUGAGGGGUAAAACUGUUGCAAUUAAAGACAACAUUGCUGUAGCAGGCGUUCCAAUGACAAAUGGCAGUAAAACAUUUGAAGGAUAUAUCCCUGAAUUUGACGCUACUGUUGUUACGAGAGUAUUAGAAGCAGGUGGUAGAAUUUUAGGGAAGGCCGUUUGUGAAGAUCUUUGUUUCACUUCCAAUAGUUUUACCUCUAUCAGUGGACCUGUUACAAAUCCACGAGACAACACAAGGACAACCGGGGGGUCCAGCUCCGGAUGUGCAGCUCUUGUUUCUGGUGGAGUGGUCGAUUUGGCAAUAGGUGGCGAUCAAGGAGGGUCCAUUAGGGUUCCAUCUAGCUGGUGUGGUAUAGUAGGUCUCAAACCAACAUACGGAUUAGUUCCUUACAGUGGUGCAUGCUCCAUUGAAACCACAAUAGAUCAUCUUGGUCCAAUGGCGAAGACAGUGGAUGACUGUGCUCUGUUAUUAGAAGUAUUGGCUGGGCAUGAUGGAUUCGACCCGCGACAAAGAGAAAUGGAUAUUCCUGAAUAUACUAAGCUAAUUGAUUGUGGCGUGAAAGGUUUGAAAAUAGGUUUUGUCGAGGAGGGAUUUGCCAUAUGUGAGUCUGAUGUCGUUAAUGUUGUCAAAGCAACGGCUGAAGUAUGGAGAAAAGCUGGUGCAACAGUAGAAGAUACCUCCAUUCCUAUGCAUACAUACGGAAAACCCAUUUCCUCAACGCAGGCUACUGAGGGAACAUAUCUUCAAGGAUUCAUAGGUGCAAAUAUUGGAAACAAGGGCUUCUAUCCAAACUCAAUGCUGGAACAUUUUAAAAAGCAUGUGAAGUUGAGACCAUACGAUUUACCACCGACCUAUCAAUCUAUGUGCCUUUGGGGAGAAUAUACAAAACGUAACUACCAGUCAAAACACUACGGAAAGGCACAGAACUUGACUAUUGCAUUGACAGCUGCAUAUGACAAAGCAUUGGAAACGUAUGAUGUCAUUGUGAUGCCAACGUUGCCAUACAAAGCGCCUAAAUUGCCAGAUGUCGAUGCUAAAUUAUCAGUAUUGCUUGACGAGGCAUCGAGUUUUACAACUAAUACAUUUCCAUUUGAUGCAACAGGGCACCCGGCCAUUUCCAUAAACGCUGGGUUUUCUGAAGGUUUGCCGAUAGGUGUCAUGAUUGUCGGCCGCCAUUACGAUGACGUCAUGAUUCUAAGAGUGGCCAAGGCAUUGGAGAGAAAUUUGACAAAAACAUGAAAUUAUAAUAUAAAUUGUUGUACCCUAUAACGUUUUUUGAAAUAAUUGACCAAUGUGAUAACAACGGUUUCAAUCAUCAUAAAUUAGAACACAAAUCAUUAUUCGAAUUGUUUAAUUGCAAACGAUGCUUUAACAUCCCUUAAAUGUAGAACGUUGGUGCAUCCCGAUCCUGCAUCACUAAACGUUCACAUUACAUUACAUUACACACACUCACGCUCUGAUUUAUAUUAUAAAUGAGACCAUUUUGACGUUGCAUAACCACUAUCAAACAGUUUGAUAAUUGUGCAUUACUGGUAAUAUUUAUUGUAUUUUGAAGGUAUUACAGCAGCAUAUCGGGCCUAAGAGCGAAAUGGUAACCUAUUAUUUGCCAUCAAAACAUAAACAUAUUCUCACACAAAAAAUUUCGUGUGUGACUUCAAUUAUCCAGCAAAUGCGUACCAAACGCGGGUAAUGCAUUGAGGUUGACAGGGCAGUCUAUGAGAGACAUUGUUCACAUUCGGCAUGGGACAAGUCCGAUAUAUCCGAUAUAUCCCAUCAUAUUUUUAAGAAUAACAUAACCUUACAGCUAAGAUAAAAUUACACUGAAGAAAAAAUAGUAUCUCAAAGGUUCAAAUAUCAAAAUUGUAAAACAACACUUGAUUUAGUAUGAUUAUUUAAUCUGAAAAUAAAUAUAAUGGCCUAUGGUGCGUCAGCAUUGUGGUUGCUCUAUUAAAACACUCUAUCACUAUAAACCACUCAACUAAUAUUACUCAAACAGACAGUUCUUUCUGUACCAAACAAAGCAAUGGCUGAAGAGAAAAAUACCUCGGGAAUAUAUACUUCACGCGCAGUGGAUCUACCAACUACUCAGCAACUGAGGGAGAUAUCUGCAGAUCUCGGAUUCAACCUCACUGAUGACCAACUCGAGCAGCAUAAAG